AUGGAUAUUGAAGCAGUCGAGUGUAAUGGAAACGGAAUUAAAUUUUUUCAAUUAAAAUUUUUCCGAGAUAUAAGGCGAUUUAUAAACGUGGUGAAAACAGUAUUGCGAUGGAAUGUUCAUUGCAAGAGGCAAUUAGAAUAUACAGAGUCGUUGAUGCUAGCAAACUUGAAAACACCAUACAAGAAGUUCUUCGUUGAUUUGGGCAACUGUGUAGGAUCAAAUGACAGAAUAUGGACCUUAGCAAUGAAUACUGAUCUUGAGCAUGAGGUUCACACGCCGAUGGUUCUUUUGCAUGGAUACGCAAGUGCUUUAGCUUUCUGGAUGCUCAAUUUGGACUCAUUUGCCGCCGAAAGACCUGUUUAUGCUGUCGAUUUACUUGGAUUUGGAAAGAGUUCGCGCCCUUCAUUUUCAGAAAAUCCACAAGAGAUUGAAGAUCAGUACGUUACAUUUCUUGAGGAAUGGCGAAAAGUAAUGAAGUUAGACAAAAUGAUAUUAUUAGCGCACAGUUUCGGAGGAUGGAUAGCAUGUUUGUAUGCACUAAAAUAUCCAGAGAGAGUCCAACACUUAAUUCUUGCUGAUCCUUGGGGAUUGGAUUCAGCACCAUGUAUGUCAACACAUUCAAUUUUGAAACGAAUUUACAUAAAAUUGUUCACGAGAACCCCACCACUUACUUUUAUCAGAGCUUUUGGACCUUUUGCAUCAACAGUUUUCAGAAAUUUAAGGACGGAUGUUGUAGGAAAGUUUGAGAGUGUUAUGGCUGAUCGACAUAAAAGAGCCAUAUCAGAAUAUAUUUAUCAUUGCAAUAGCGUUAAAAUAUCAGGUGAAAGAGCUUUCCAUGCUUUACUAGAAAACGGUCCAUGGCCGAAAUUUCCAUUGGCUGCUAGAAUGACAGAAUUACACACAGACAUCCCCUUAACAUUCGUAUAUGGCGAACAAUCGUGGAUUGAUAGUACGCCAGGUUAUAUAAUUAAAUUAAGCCGUCCAAAUAGUUAUACACACAUCGAAGUUGUUGAUAAUGCUGGACAUAAAGUUUUUAGUGAUGAUGAACUAACAUUUAAUUCUAUUGUCUUAAAGGCAUGUAAAAUUUUAAAGUCAAAUAAUGUUCAAUAA